GACGGCGUUUUUGGCGAGGCGGCGGCGCAGCGCGACGUCUACGAAGCCGCCGCGGCGCCCCAAGUCGCCGCCUGCCUGCACGGCUUCAACUCGACGGUGUUCUGCUACGGCCCGUCCGGCUCCGGCAAGUCGCACACGUGCUACGGGCCGGCGCACGAGCUGCCGCCGGCUGGCCGGCGCGCGACCGCCGCGUGGGCGACCAGCGACGCGGCGGGCCUGAUCCCUCGCGCGGCGCAGCAGCUGUUUGAAUCGAUCGCGUCGGGCGGGCGCGGCCGGUUCGUGGUGCGCGUGUCGUUUCUGCAGCUGUACCGCGAGUCCAUCUACGACCUGCUCUCGCCGUCGGGCAGGCCGCUCGCCCUGCGCGAGGACCCGCGCGCCGGCGUCUUUGUCGAGGGCAUCACCGAGGUUGCCGUCCGAUCUCCGUCCGAGGUGUGGGCGCUGGCGGCGAGAGGGCAGCGGCACCGCGCGACGGCGGCGACCGCGAUCAACGACGUGUCGAGCCGCUCACACGCGAUCUUCACGGUGGUGGUGGAGCAGGCGCAGGCCUUGCCCUCGCUGCAGGGGCCGGGCAGGCGCAGCGGCGAGGCUGGAGGAGGCGGAGGCGGAGGCGCGCUGAAGGUGUCGCGGCUGCACUUGGUGGAUUUGGCGGGCUCGGAGCGGGCCGCGCUGCUGGGCGAGCGCGGCGCGCGGCUCGAGGAGUCGAAGAAGAUCAACCUCUCCCUCUCCGCCCUCGCCAAGGUGAUGGCGACGCUGAGCGAGCCGCGGGGAGGCGGCCACCCCCCACACGUUCCGUACCGCGACUCGAAGCUGACGCGGCUGCUGCAGGACUCGCUCGGGGGCAAUUGCCGCACGUCGAUGGUCGCGUGCGUCUCGCCGCAGCCGACGGCGCUCGACGACUCCCUCUCCACGCUCCUCUUCACGUCGCGCGCCCGCGCCAUCCGGAACCACGCCAAGGUCAAC